UUCAUAAUGAAUGUUGACAAGACAAAAGAAUUACAAGAAAUCAUUAAACUCUUAAUAGAAAAACCCAUAAUAGAUCAUUCAAAAGUAAAAGACAUUUAUGAGAUUGCAAAAAAAUUAAGAACAGGACUUCAGUUUGCUUAUUUUAAAGUAAAAUGGGGUUUACAAAAUUGUGAUAUAUCAAUGUGUGAAAGAAUGAUAGAACAAAAAUUAGAAGAUUAUAAAAACUAUCCAAAUAAAGAAAGAAUACAUCUUCCAUUUCAUGUGUCUCCCAUACCUCCAUCAAAAAAUGGAUUCACCAAUGAAAAAGCUAAAGCUGUCUUUGAAAUACUUGAUUCAUUAGUAAAACGACCAAAAUCAUCAUCAUCUGAUUCAACUGAUAAUAUCAACCACUACAAUAAUAAAAGAAUUAAUACUAGAAAAUGUCACUUAAAUAAUAAUGAUAGAAUCUCUUCUACAACAGAAUCAGCUUCAUUAUCAUCUUUUGGUGCAUCUUCUCUUGAACAAACUUUGCCUCCAUUUUUCCCAAUAGAGGUGAAUCCUAAUUCCAUAGAACUCUAUUUAAAUUCAUUAGAAAGAAAUUAUGGUGCUUAUGG